GUGGAAUCCAAACCCGCCACUUGCGCUCUCUCUCUCUCUCUGUCUCUCUUCCGUCGAUGAGAGCGGAUCGUUCCAAGCUUCUGCUACUCUGUUUUGGAGUCUCUCUCUCUCUCUCUCUCUCUCUCGCUCCUGUCGACGCCCACAAGGGGAUUCUUUGCGCUUCGGACUAGCUUGAUCGGAGGGGAUUAGAAGGGAAAGAUGAUGCAGAACGCUGCGGUUGCUGCCAAAGGAGGUGUACCUGGCCUCCAUUUCCCGGGUCGCGGAAACAGGGUUUCGGCUGGUUUUGGUGUGGUCGGGAAGAGGACGGCGGGAUCGAACAGGUUGUGGAUGCCGGACCGUGGAUUCUGCGGCGGAAGCUCGCGGCUUGGAUCGUCCAUCGGUUUUGGGGUGGAGAUGGCGCGGAUGAGGAGCGGGAUGGAGGGGAUUUUUAGGUCGAGGGAGAAAGCUCGAUAUGUCAGAGUCCAAGCGUCUGGUGACCUUGAGAGCGUGCCUUCUGAUAAACCUCAGACAAAAUCAUCAGGAAAUGUUCUGCCAUAUGUUGGUGUAGCAUGCUUGGGGGCCAUUUUGUUUGGAUAUCAUCUUGGUGUAGUGAAUGGAGCACUUGAAUAUCUUGCAAGGGAUCUUGCAAUUGUGGAAAAUACUGUUCUACAAGGUUGGGUUGUUAGCACCCUUCUUGCAGGUGCAACUGUCGGCUCUUUUACUGGGGGAGCAUUGGCUGAUAAAUUUGGUCGGACCCGAACUUUCCAGCUUGAUGUAAUUCCGCUUGCAGUCGGUGCUUUUCUCAGUGCAACUGCCCAAGAUGUACGAACAAUGAUAAUUGGUCGACUGCUUGCUGGAAUUGGAAUUGGGAUCUCUUCUGCCAUUGUGCCACUCUACAUAUCAGAGAUAUCACCAACUGAAAUUCGUGGAGCACUUGGAUCCAUCAACCAACUUUUCAUUUGCAUUGGUAUUCUCAUGGCUUUGGUGGCUGGAUUGCCUUUAGCAGGAAAUCCUUUAUGGUGGAGGACAAUGUUUAGCAUUGCAAUUGUUCCCUCUGUUCUGAUGGCAGUUGGAAUGGCUUUCUGUCCUGAAAGCCCUCGCUGGCUGUUUCAGCAAGGAAAGCUUCUUCAGGCUGAAACUGCUAUAAAGAAGCUCUAUGGAAAAGAAAAGGUUACUGAAGUUAUGCAUGAUUUAAGAGCAGGUGGUGAAGGCACAACCGAAUCAGAUGCUGGUUGGUUCGAUCUUUUCGGUAAACGCUACUGGAAAGUUGUGAGCGUUGGAGCAGCAUUAUUCUUGUUUCAACAAUUGGCUGGAAUAAAUGCUGUUGUAUACUAUUCUACAUCUGUAUUCCGUAGUGCGGGAAUUGCUUCUGAUGUUGCUGCUAGCGCUUUAGUUGGGGCAUCAAAUGUUUUUGGCACGGCAAUUGCUUCUUCUCUGAUGGACAAGCAAGGAAGGAAAAGCCUUUUGAUCACAAGUUUUAGUGGAAUGGCUGCCUCCAUGUUGCUGCUUUCUUUGUCAUUCACAUGGAAGCCCCUUGCACCUUAUUCAGGGACACUUGCAGUGGUUGGCACAGUCCUAUAUGUGCUGUCUUUUUCACUGGGUGCUGGCCCUGUACCGGCUCUCCUCCUCCCGGAGAUUUUUGCUUCCAGGAUCAGAGCCAAGGCAGUUGCAUUGUCUCUUGGCAUGCAUUGGGUUUCCAACUUCGUGAUCGGUCUCUACUUCUUGAGCGUGGUGAACAAGUUUGGAAUCAGCAAGGUGUAUUUAGGGUUUGCAACAGUAUGCCUGCUUGCAGUUCUUUACAUAGCUGGGAAUGUCGUCGAGACGAAGGGACGGUCACUAGAAGAGAUCGAGCGCGCUCUCAGCGUUGCUGUUUGAUACCAAAUCUGUCGAAGAGAAAUAUGUUUUUUUUGUGCAAGGAGGCUGUUGGUUUUCGGGUUUCCGAUAGCUUCGAUCCAUGCGUCAAAUAAGAUAAACUUGAUGGAAAACUUGGCAUCUGUACUAAUGGAAAGCCCUCUUGAACUCCA